CUUUAUAGGUUGGAGUAAAAGUGACCAUGAAUAAGAAAGAUAAGACAAAAAUUAGCUUUGGCAAGAUAGGCUUUGGAUUGUCACUCAACAAAGGAGGCACUGAAGCUGUAGAUCCAGAACCAACAAAGUGUGAAGAAACUGUGAACAUUACAGAGGGUGGCUUUGGAACAUUUGGGAAGAUAAUUGACUCUUCAGACGUUCCCAGCAGCUCCAGCCAAACAUCCAGUGAAAAUGUUGAUGGUGGUACAUCAUCUAAUGAACAGGGAAGGAAGAGCAAAGUGGCAAAGGAUUUUGAUGUGGAAGAAUUAGUUGAAAAAACUAUAGCUCAAGCCAAGGAGAGGCAUGGAGACAAGUAUUCAAGCAGUGAUGAAAGUGAGAAAAGUUCCGAAGUAAAAGCAAAGGAGCAGAUGGAGAAGCUCAAAAUUCAGAAUCAGGAUGGAGAAGAGGCUGAAAGUGAAGAUGAAGUUAUUGGGCCUCCACUUCCUCCUGAAAUGAAGAAUAAGAGUGAGGAAAAGGAAGGAAGUGAUGAUGAUGAAUUCAUUGGCCCUCCCAUGCCAUCAAGGUCUGGUGAAGAUGAUGAAGAAAGUGAAGAAGGCAUUGAAGAGGAGGAUGAUGAAGAUGAUGAAGAACCAGAGGAACGUCCUGAAGAGAAAGUCCCCCAGAGUCAUGAAGUAACUUUGCGUCAUGGAACUAAAGCUGUUUCGGCCAUGGCUUUAGACCCCUCAGGGGCACGACUCAUCACUGGAGGACUGGAAUAUGAAGUGAAGUUCUGGGAUUUUGCUGGCAUGAAUGCAUCCCUGCAAAGCUUUCGCUGUGUCAAGCCAUGUGAAUCCCAUCCAAUAAAAAAUGUCCAGUAUUCUACGACAGGGGACAUGGUUCUGAUUAUCUCUGGAAAUGCCCAGGCCAAAGUACUUGACCGGGAUGGCUAUGAGAAACUGGAAUGUGUGAAGGGCUACCAGUUCAUAUCAGACAUGGCCAAUACAAAAGGUCAUAUUUCUGGACUCAAUGAUGGAUGCUGGCAUCCAAAAAAGAAGGAAGAAUUCCUCACCUGUUCAGAUGAUGGGAGCCUAAGGCUUUGGUUGGUGGACAAGCCAAAAGAACAUCACAGGAUCAUCAAGACAAGGUCUAAGGUGGGCCUUCGUACUGCACCAACAUGUUGUACAUUCAGCAGAGAUGGGAACAUUGUCGCAUGUGGUUGUUCCGAUGGGUCUCUGCAGAUGUGGGAUCACAGAAAAAACUUUGUGAAUACCUUACACUUGAUUCGAGAUGCACACAUGCAGGGAAGCGAAACUUCGAGGAUAACUUUUUCGUAUGAUGACCGUGGCCUAGCAACACGAGGAGGGGAUGACACCCUUAAAUUGUGGGAUAUCCGCCAAUUGAAGUCCCCUGUUCACGUCGCGGGAGAGCUUUUCAAUCGAUUUCCCAUGACGGACUGCGGUUUCAGCCCUGAUGACCGGAUGGUCUUCACCUCCAUUUCCCUCAAAAAAGGAGAAACAGAUGGAAAACUCUUGUUCUUCGACAGGAACACGUUCGAGAAGCUGAAAGAGAUCCGCGUGUCGGACUCAUCGGUGAUUCGGUGUCUCUGGCACCCCAAGCUGAAUCAAGUGAUGGUGGGCUGCGGGAACGGAGAUGCGAAAAUCCUUUACGAUCCGAUCAAGAGUCACCGGGGUGCCCUGCUUUGCAUGGCGAAGACGCAGAAAAAGCGAAAGCAAGUUGAGGUGUUUACUUCGCAACAGGUGAUUGCCCCCCAUUCCCUCCGGAUGUUCCGGCAAGAACGGCCUCGUUCAACCCGGAAACAACUAGAAAAGGCCAGGUUGGACCCUGUCAAAUCGAAACGACCCGAACUUCCCAUUGGCGGGCAAGGUAUUUUGCUUCCUCUUUUUCAUUUGCAUUUUAUUAAUCCCUUUCCUUCUCUAACGACGCGAGAGGAAUGA